AUGAUGUGGUUUAGUGUCCUUGUAGGUGCAGCUCUGGCGUGCGUAUGCGCUGUAGAAAAUGCGUUUGCUCGUACGCCGCAUGGUAGGCCUCCCGCCCCGCCCCUGAUAUUCACCGGGAAAAGCGGUUCGAUCAAGUAUGAGGUAACCUUGGAUAGAGUGACCCUAGGUCAGCCCCACGAAGCCAAUAUCGUUUGCGGUAACGAUGACGGCACGCCGCUCGGGGGAGAGUUUACGCUGUACCCCAGCGACCCCAUGACUAAAACCUUGCUGCCGCUCGAGGGUGAUGACCUGGAAGAGGCCAUAUCCAAGGAAGUCCUGCUGCGUAACAUUUCGCGCAGUACCAUGUUGCAGAUUGAGACGAGCAAACACCGGGGUACAGGCAGUUUCGUGAAGGUCAAGUAUCCCAUCAACGCCCUCAUCAUGGCCAAGGAUCCCCACAACUUCAGCAUCAACUAUGCCUGCAAGUACCAGCCACAUGAUAAGAGCCAGCCUCCCUACUACAAAUGGCUCGAAAUCAAGUUCAAGUACGUUUAUCCCAUGGCAUACGGAUGUGAAAGUGGCAACGACAUGCUAUUCAAGAAUUCGGUUCCAUAUAAUGGACAUAUUAAUGACGUUAGAAUAUCUCUUUGCCGUUUAAAACCGGAACCUGGAAUGAUAUUUGGAAUAUAUUGCAAACCACAUGAGCAAGUUGUGCCUCCAAACUGUUUCACGGACGAUCAAAUUGCGGAACUUGACAACGCAAUAACUCCCCUACUAUUACCAAACUUAGAAGUAUCGGAUAAUCCCAAAUACACCGUGCCUGCGAGACUGAAACUAUUCAGAAUAUCGGAGAAUGGCCUCAAUAAGGAUCUGAAAAUGACAUGUCAGUGCAAGGGCUUCGGUGGUAUUAGUGCUCAUCUCUCUUUAAGCUAUGUGGUGGAUGAGGUCGUCGAUAGCGUCAGUUACAUGGGAGAUAAAAGUUUAGAUCCAAAAUUUAAAAUUCAUUUCCAGAUGCACACCAUGGAACCUAAUCAUACGUAUAAAAUACUUGUUCCACCAGAAGGCUGGUUUAAAGUCGGAGAGUUAGGUUCCGUUGGCACAAGAUUAGCGCCAAAGCACCCUGACAUCAAUACAUUCAAUGCUUCACCUAUGGGACCCAACCAUGCCACAAAGCUGACAGACGUAGUCGGUUCGAAAGGAUUUCAGUUGACCAAAAAAAAGAACGGAAAACUCAGGGAGUUUACUAUGAAUUUCCCCAAAGACGCCCCACUGGUUUUGAAAAAGGAGAUGCCCUUCAUAUAUUACGAUUGGGUACUUAAAAGAAAAAGUGGGCGUCGGCCAGUAGAUAAAAACCUAAGGAUUCUUUAUAAUAUAAUCCCUACUGAUCCAUUCACGUACGGUUGUGGUGUGGACAGCCGUGAUAUGUUCCGAAAGAAAGGUUUCGAGCUGCAUCAGGGGAAGCACGAAUACGAGACAGUGUGCAAGAUAAACCCGUAUGUGUUGAGUCCCGUCGGGUUUUAUUGCCCCAAGCACUACACUUUGGAGCCCGCUGGCUGCUUCGGCGAGAUGCUGCAUACGGAGUCUGGCCGAGUUGUGAACCUGGCUGACUACGCACCGCACGCGAAUCCGAUAAACAGUGCGAACAUCCGUGUGUUGGAUUUCCACGUACCCAAGAGUAUGAGACGCCGCGUCAAGUACUCUAACGACGAGCUCUCGUGCCGGUGCCUCGACCCCGACGGAAGAGUCCAUGCGUCGAUCACCCUCGAUCUGCGCCAGCCGAUGACCGAUGAGAACCCACCUGCCGUCAAAUAA